GCGGGACUUCCGACAGCGCAGGUUGGACCUUAAGUGACAGACUUCAUCUCCUUAAAAGUGGAAGAAAAACCGAAGGACGACGGGUUACACGUUUUAAAAAAAUUGUAAUGAUUGUCAAACAUGGACCGCAUAAACCCUUAUUAUGCCGUUAUGGACGUGAGGAGGCGAUUUCGAGAAGCGGGAGUACAUCGCAAGGAUUGUUUUAGAAAGAUAAAGAAACGAGGAGACAUACUCAGGUAUCAUGGGAAUGCAGAUGAAGUUGGUUGUUUUGUGGCAGGCAGGCCAUUGUCCAGAAGAAAUCGCUAUUAUGAAGUGACAAUCAGGGACACAGGAGUGAGGGGAAUGAUUGCUGUGGGUUUGGUGCCUCAGUUCUACAGGAUGGACCAGCAGCCGGGCUGGCUCCCAUGCUCCGUGGCCUUUCAUGCUGAUGAUGGCAAGCUGUAUAAUGGCAGCACUGUAGGACAGAAGUUUGGUCCAAAAUGCUGCAAAGGCGACAAAAUCGGCUGUGGAAUAUCCCUUGACUCCGAUAAUGGACAGUUAGCAGUGUUUUUUACCAAGAAUGGCAAGAAAAUUGGCAGAGUGGAAGUUGAUAUCUCAAUUGACUGGCUCCACCCUGCUGUGGGAAUGUCCUCCUUUGGGGAAGAAGUGGCGGUGGACCUGAACGCUGAAUGGGAGGAGGAAGAUGAUGGAAAGAUGAUCGUUGAUAGUCACGAAGAGGACUGGGCCCGUUUCCAUGAUGUCAAGGUGACUGGCACGCUGCUGGAGUACAUGGGUAAAGGGCAGAGCAUCACGGACGUGGGCUUGGCUCAGGCCCGUCGGCCUCUCAGCACGCGCUCCCACUACUAUGAACUGGAGAUCACAGAUGCUGGAGAGAAGUGCUACAUCGCCCUGGGGCUGGCACGCAGGGACUACCCCAAAAACAGACAUCCAGGCUGGAGCAGAGGGUCCAUAGCCUAUCAUGCAGAUGAUGGAAAGCUGUUCAAGGGCAGCGGGGUCGGGGACCCGUUUGGACCACGCUGCUUAGAAGGGGACAUUAUGGGCUGUGGGAUCAUGUUUCCACACGACUACAGCCUCGAUGACGAUGUAGACGACUGGGACCUCGAAGAGCCCAGUGAGGUUAAGAACGACUUAUAUGAAGGCAACGAAGAUGAGGAGGAGAAGGAGGAAGAAGAAGAUGUGGAGGGGAGGAAGGUCAUGGUGUUCUUCACCAGAAAUGGAAAGGUGGUGGGCCGAAGGGAAGUGGUCCUACCCGAAGGAGGCUUGUACCCCACGAUUGGCAUGAUGAGCACUGGGGAGAAGGUCAGAGUGGACCUGCACCCCCUCAGCGGUUGAAUGGUGAAAUCAGAGAAAGGUCCAAAGAUUGAGCUCUGGUUCAUUUUGGAGAUCGGACAAUAAGCAAUGCCUCCACAUCGACUGUGGCGCCCUCCUGCUGUAAGGACGAUCACAAUAAUGUACGUUAAUGUUAACAUGCGUGCCUUAAAGGAGUGAUUUAUAAGGAAAUGGUUUAAGAGAAAAUUGUUAAACCAGGGGUUUGUUAGGGGAAAACACUAUUUUUGACAAUUGCAUCAUACAGAGUAAAGUUUAUUAAAUAACAUGAAAUAUCAAAUAAUGAAUGAAACUGUCCAAUCACAGCAGAGCCCAGCUAACUAGUGGACCCUCUUAUCAACAGAAAUAGCAGAUAUGUAGCGGCGCUCUCACGGCCUGUAGCCACACUGUGCUCAUGACCAGCGCUCUGCUGUACUUUCUCGUAUUAAUGGUGCAUUAGUGACACUCAGUGGUGAGAGUGAUAAUAUGAAAAAAACAGUGCUCGGAAAGUCUCGCCGACAAAAAACGUAGUGAACAGUGAGUUUAAGAACUGGCUGCUGAACGCUGUGGUUCUGUCUGAGUGCGGUUGCUUGCUGAAAUGGAGUCAUUACAUCACAUGUUGGCAACUGUGCAAGCCACAUGCUUUAGGAACUAUGGGAUAAUUAAAUGUAAUUACAGGCUGUUGAAAUGAAAUCAGUCAUUAUGACCUUUAAUUGUGAUAUUGGAGGAAGCGGUUUUAAAAGCAAGCUCCCAAAUCCAGGUUGUUUUUACAACGUUGUCAGGAAGAUGUGUAAAACAGACAUAAAACACAAUGUGAUCACUUGCUAAUCCUUUUUAACACCACUUCACUACUUUGGGAAACACAUGAUUGUACAAGGAUGUAUAAGGAUGUUACUACAUGGGCUUGGGAACAAUUCGUAAAAUGCUUUGCCCAUGAUUGAAUUCUGCUUUCAUUUACAUUUUACACAGCGUCCCAUCUUCUUUGGAAUUGGGGUUGUACGACUAGCUGUUAUACUUUUUUAAUCAGGUAUGAUUUUCAUCUAUUUGUAGAUGAAUACUGUCAUUAAAUACAGUCAUAAUACCUCCAAAAUCUUUAGGAUAAACUGUACAACCCAAGUCAUGUCAGAGGAAGAACCCCAGACAGAUGUAGACCAAAGUUACCAAGGUGACAGCACGUACCUGAUGAUAUCUCGGUAUCAGCUGAUAUUGUUUUCAAUGUGUUUUUCCAGUACAGAGAUAUUUGGUGUCCGAGUGUAACUACACAAAUGUCCUCCAAGCAUGCAUCUCACAGUUCGCAUCACUCACUCACUCACUCACUCACACACACACACACACACACACACACACAAACCAAGAACACCACUGAUCUCUAAGGUAACGCCAAACUCAGUGGAGUCUCUUGAUAAACCAAAGUACAAAGAACUUCACAUUUAAAGUCAUGAUACUGGGUUCAUCUUCUGUGGCUCAUGAGGUAUUUUGGAUGAAAUGGAUAUCAAAUGUCUCAAAAAGGGAAAACCAUGAAGAGUAUUAAACCAUGUCACGCCAAGAAUGAUUAAGGACUAAACAACGAUCAAUGUAUGUAGAAAAUUUCUUACUAGUUCACCAUUUGAAUAUUUUACUUAAGAUCUGAAUGUUGAAAAUGAAGCCAUACUCUAUGUGCUGCUCUCAGGUAUAUUUGAAAAUCAAAAUUAAAUACUUGUUUUUUUUCUAUGGUUAUUUUUGUGACUUUGCUUUAUGUUUUUGUUUGUUUGAUCACAAACUCGGUUGUUUCCUAAUCAAUCCAUCUGUUUUGCAAUUGAAGACUGUUAAAGUAGAAGACCUUUGACUGCUUUCCCCUGGUUCUUGUGCCAAGUUAUAGUAUAGUUAAGUUAUAGUUUUGUCUUUGUGACACCAAAUUCCACACACAACACCUGCAUUUUACCAAAACUGUAGAGACAAAGGUGUUGCCUCUGGUAUGAGUCCAUACUACACUUAUAACAGGGUUGCCUGCAGACUUCUGUGCUGCAAGUCGUGAGUUAUUUAUAAAGAUAAAACAAUAGGCUCCUGAUUGCUGGCAACAAAUAGAACUUUUACCUGCAGGACUGUAUAAAUAUGCUUCAAUUUUUGUCUGAAAUAAACACAUAUAAGAACUUGAUUAUGUUGUAAGUAAACAUCUGACCUAAUGAGCAAAGUGCCUGUGUGAAAAGAUCCAGUCUGGAUCCCUUAUCAAAUCAUACACCUGUGUGUGGGAUACAGGUGUACAACAUUGAAGGAUUGAUGGCGCCCAUGAAGUGUCUCCCUGGUCAUGUGUGUUCAUGUGAUGCUCAACUGCUGCUAAUGGUGUGCUGAGGGAACACUCUGCACAUCAUCACAUCAGCCUGUACUGUAGACAGGGUACUCCUGUUUUUUCUCUAUCACGGUCCAGUUUUCCUGAGUCAUCAUCUUAGUUCAUAGGAGCUAAUAAUGGUCGUCUGCUGCUGCUGGCCAUCUACUGCACGGCUUUAAAAGGUAGCCCACCUUUAUCUUUGGUUUGAUUAAGCAGUUUAACAUUCAGGGCAUCUUUUAGUCUCUGUCUAUCCAGUUGUUGUGUACAUCCUGUCAGGUUUUUUUUUUUGUGUUAUCUUGCCUGUUCUCUCAUUCCCUCUUUUCACUUAAAGCAAUCAAAACAUGCCAAAAGUCAUGUAAAAAAUAAAGAAUAUUCACAUCCACUGCA